CCCAUUAAGUGAUCUGUCAGACUGAUCUAAGAACAUCAAUAAAAUGAGAGCAAAGGAUAAAUCGGAGUCGAGGAGCAAAGCUGAUAGAAAAAAAUCAAAGGAGUCAAAUGUUGAAGGAAACCUUGCAAGUGACUCUUCAAAGGGUGUGAACAUUAAAGAAGAGCCCGAAGACUUUGAUUUUCAACUUGAUAAAAAACAGAAAAAAGGGAAAAAAAGAUCCAGGAAUGAGAAUGAAGAUAGUCUGGCAUUUGAGGAAAUUAAGAAGUCUAAGAAAAUCAAGAAAGAAAAGAGAAUAAGUGAUGAAAAGCAAAUCGAGAAAGAGGAAGAAAACCACACAUCAAAUGAGUGUGUGAAAGAAAAAAUGAGGAAGGAGGUGGAUGAAAAAGGGAGCACUAGGAAGAAAACUAAAGAGGAAAGAGAAGCUGCUGCUGCUCUAAAACUGAAGAAAAAAGAGGAGGAAGAACAGCAGCGCUGGAGAUGGUGGGAAGAGAAAAGAUAUGAAGAUAGAAAGAAGUGGGCCUUCUUGGAGCAUAAAGGGCCAUUGUUUGCUCCGCCAUAUGAAGUGCUGCCUGAGACAGUGACAUUUUAUUAUAAUGGUAAACCAAUGCAGUUAAGUCCUGGAGCUGAAGAAGUUGCCAGUUUCUUUGCUAAAAUGUUGGAUCAUGAAUAUACAGUAAAAGAAAUCUUCAGGGAUAACUUUUUUAAAGACUGGAGAAAGGAAAUGACACUAGAAGAAAAGCUGACCAUCUCUGACCUUUCAAAAUGCGAUUUUAGUGCAAUGCAUGCCUUCUACAAAGGGAAGAUGGAAGAAAAAAAGAACCUUUCCAAAGAGGAUAAACUGGUAAUCUUAAUUUCUUUUAUCAAAUAA